AUGCCCCCGCCUACAAGCGCCAGCGGCGCCACAGUCGCUGCGGUCUCCGUUACAACGACGCGCCUUUUAAUCACCUACCACCCACACGACCUGCCGCCCGGCGGCGAUCCGCUCGUAGUGAGCAGCCCAGCGCCUCUUUAUAAGUACACUCGAUACGAGCCGGCAGGGCUCUCCUUCCACGAAGCUGCGAAGCGAUUGGCGGGAUUCCACGCGGCGGGGGAGGAAGAUGCGGAGGAGGCGGACGAGGGGAAGGGCGAGAAGGUGAAGGACUCAGUCGAUUCGUCGGCGUGGGAAAGCUCGCGGAAGAAGAAGAAGGGGAAGGAUGGGAAGGACGCGGAGAAGCAGGAGCAGGACCACUACGCUCUGCUGGGCAUGGCGCACCUGCGUUUCUUGGCUACAGAAGACCAGCUUAAGAAGGCGUACCGAGAUGCGGCACUCCGCUUCCACCCGGACAAGCAGGCUGCAAUGCUGCUGGAGGAGCAAACAGACGAGGCGCGGGCAGCCAAAAAGGAAGAGAUCGAGACCAAGUUCAAAGCGAUCCAGCUGGCCUACGAGGUCCUAUCAGACCCGGCCAAGCGCCGAGUGUACGACUCUACAGAUGAAUUUGACGAUGAUAUUCCGGGUGAUUGCUCCCCCGAGAAUUUCUUUAAGAUUUUCGGCCCGGCUUUCCAGCGGAAUGCCAAGUGGUCGGUGAUUAGCCCGACCGAGGUUCCUAGUUUAGGGGACGAGAACACGCCGGUUGCCGAGGUGGAUAAGUUUUAUGAUUUCUGGUGGGCGUUUAAGAGCUGGAGGGAGUUCCCUAACGAGGAUGAUUAUGACGUGGAGAGUGCGGAGAAUCGGGAGCAUCGGAGGUGGAUGGAGCGGCAGAAUGCGAAGCUUAGGGAGAAAGCGAAGAAGGAGGAGAGUGCGAGGAUAAGGCAGUUGGCGGAGAAUGCUUAUAAGCAAGACCCGCGGAUUCUGAGGAGGAAGGAGGAGGAGAAAAUGGCAAAGCAGCGGAAGAAGGAGGAGAAGCAGCGGGAGAGGCAGGCGAAGGAGGAUGAGGGGAAGAGGAAGGUGGAGGAGGAGAGGAAGAGAAAGGAGGAGGAGGAGAAGCGGGCGGCGGAGGAGGCAGCAGUGGUUAAGAAGCAGAGGGAGAAGGACAAGAAGGCAGCGAGGAAAGAGCGGGCGAGGCUGAGAGCGGCGACAACGGAUUGCCUUGAAGCCGCGCCUGCGGUAACCAGUAAGCAAAGAAAACAGCAGCAGCAGGAGAAGCAGAAGGGAGAGGAGUGGGAGACGCCGAUAACAGAAGAGGAGUUGGAGAGUCUAGGGCAGGGUCUGGAGUUGGAGAAGCUGCGAGUGCUCUGCGAAAAGCUAGAAUCCUUGUCCGCUUCUACCGCCUCUGCUGACGCUGCAGCAGUGAAGCGGAAAACCCUCCGACUGUUCUCCACAGCUCUGAAAGUCAACCGGUGGGACGGGCACAGUCCGGACUUUGAGUACCAGCAAAUCCCCAUGGUUCUCUCCGAAGCUGCGGCAGCGGCGGCAGCGGCAGCAGCAGCGGAGCGAGAAGCGGAGGCAGAGAAAGAGAGAGAGGCGAGAAGGGCGGCAGGGGGGAGUGGGAAGCCGUGGACGAGGGAAGAGAUAGAGCUGCUGAGGAAGGCGGUGGGGAAGUUUCCCAAGGGCACGGGGCAGCGGUGGGAGGUGAUAGGGGCGUAUCUGGGCACGGGGCGGUCGGCAGAGGAGGUGGUGCGGGCCACCAAGACGGUGCUGCUGCAGAAGCCGGAUGACACCAAGGCGUUUGACAGCUUCCUGCAGUGGCAGCGGUGGGAGGUGAUAGGAGAGUAUUUAGGCACGGGGCGGUCGGCAGAGGAGGUGGUGCGGGCCACCAAGACGGUGCUGCUGCAGAAGCCGGACGACACCAAGGCGUUUGACAGCUUCCUGCAGUCCUCCCACUCCCACCCCUUCUUCCCCAAGCAGCGUCGCAAGAACCCCAAGGACAUUGCGUCGCCUCUCUCCACACGUGAGGAGCUUGAUGCUGCCGCUGCGGCUCCUGCUGCUGCCGCUGGUGCUGCUGCUGCUGGUGCUGCCACCCCUGCAGUUCCCGCCUCGGCGAAUUCACCAGCUAAAGCAGCAGGAGCAGGAGGAGCAGCAGCAGCAUCAGGAGCAGCACCAGCAGCAACACCAGCAGCAGGAGCAGGGAAACAAGCAGGGGCAAAAGCAGCAGCAGCAGCGCCAGUGGCGAAUGGAGUGGGGGCAGCAGGCAAAGGGGCCAGUACCGGGACAAAGGACGCGCAGGAGGGGGAAUCAGCAGGUGCUGCAAAUGGCGUGGCUGCUGGGGCAGGUGCUGCUAGUGCGGGUGCAUCUGGUGCAGCAGGUGCUGGGGCAGAAGGGGCAGUGGAUGUGUGGGGCGAGGCUCAGGAGGUGGCGCUGGUGAAGGCACUCAAAGCCUUCCCCAAGGACACUGAUAAACGGUGGGACCGCAUAGCAGCAGCGGUGCCAGGCAAGAGCAAGGCGCAGUGCUUCAAGAAAUUCAGCACCAUGGAUCGGCGUGGCUAUCCGCCCGGUCCGUCCGGUUGGGACCCAAAUUCAGCCAACCCACCACCCAUGGAUCAGCGAUAUAACCAGCCGCCUCCCCCACAGCACUAUCCACCUCCGCAGCAACAGCAGCAGCAGCGGCAACCGCCGCCGCAGCAGCAGCAGUUUCAGCAGCAACCCUCUUAUCCUCCAUACAGCCAGGGUCCGCCUCCCCCUUACGGCGGAGGUCCCCCACCGGCAUCUUAUAACGAGCCGCCGCCACAGCCUUAUAACGCGCCGCCGCCGCAGUACCAGCCUUACGCUGGCGGUGCACCGUACGCCGCCGCGCCUCCCCCCCCAACAAGCUACAGCCCGCACCCACCCGCGUAUGGCGGUCCGGCACCUGGGUAUCCCCCGCCGCAGCAGCAUCAGCAGCCGCCGCCGCAUCUCCCGCCGCAACAGCCGCCGGGGGGAUACGCCCCGCCGCCGUGGCAGGCGCAGGGACAGCCGCCAGCUCAGGGGCAGUAUCCGCCAGCUCAGCAGAUGCCAGGUGGCAUGCGGCCUCCUGAGGGGCGACCCGAUCCGUCCGCGGCAGCGCCGUGGAAGCAACGUCAGCAGUCGCAGCCGGAGGAGGAGAGAGGGAGAGACAGGGACGAACGUGGCCGCGACCGCGACAGGGACCGGGACCGGGAUCGCGAUCGCGACCGCGAUCGUGAUCGGGAUCGGGAUCGCGAUGGUUCGUCGAAGCCGUCGCUCAAUCGCUACCCGCCGCCGCAGAGCUUAUACAGCGAUCCGCUUAAGCCGGCACCUAGCUCGAUCUACGAAGACGAGUCGCCGCGCAAGUCGAAACCCAAGGUGGAGAUGGUAAUGGGAAAGGCGGCCGGUGCGGAUGCUAAGACUGGAGCUGCUACUUCCGCUAUGUCUCAGAUCCUUGCGGCCCGAUCUGCCGUUUCUGCGCUUCUCGCGGCGACGAACCCGCAACUUGCGGCGGCGCAGCAGCGCGCCGCGGCUGUCUCCGCCGCGAUCACCGGAUCGACCGGAUCCGGCGGCACGAGUUCUGCCGCGGCGGCGAUUGCAGCGGCCGCUGCGGCGAAGAACCCGUUGCUGGCGAGUAACCCGAUUCUCGCGGCGCAGGUCGCGGCCCUCGGCGGUUCGAACGCCGCGUCUGCCGCUGUAACGAAGGCCGCGUUACUUGCCGCCGCCGCGAACAGCGCGAAGCUGGGCGCAGUCAACCCCGGGCUCGCAAUGGCUUUGGCUAUGGCUGCCGCGAAGCAAGCCGAAGCGGCGCGGGCGGAAGGGGUGCCCGCGGAGGGGGACAAGGACACGAAGGCGGAGGACCGCGCGGGGGAGAAGCGCCGGCGCUCCCGCUCCCGCUCCCGUUCGCCGUACUUCCGCCGUCGGGGGAGGGGAAGUCCGGAGCAGCCGACGAGCACGGUGCUCAUUCGCGGGAUUGCGCCGUGGGCUGUGGAGGCGGAUAUCUUCGCGCUGCUGGGCGAGUGGGGGCCGUUGAAGGAGGUGCGGGUGAUCAAGGAGCGCGCAACGGGGUUCAACAAGGGCUUCUGUUUCGUUGACCUCGAGACCGUGGAGGCGGCAAAGGCGCUGGUGGAGGGUGGAAGGGCGAAGGAGCUAAAGAUGGAUGACCGCUUGCUCUUGUUCCACUACAGCAAGCCGCUGCAAGGGGCGGAGGACGGGGGCGCGCUUGCGGACAGCAGCUCGGGGAAGCCGCUCGACUGGGUGUGCCCCUCCUGCGGUGUCAAUAACUUCGCCCGCCGCUCCGAGUGCUUCAAGUGUGUCACCCGCAGGCCCGCCAAUCCCGUCACUGUUGCUGACAGGGUCGACGCGGGAGGAGGCGAAUAUGGGGCGCGAGGCAGAGGAGGCGGCGAGUGGGAGGGCCGAGGAGGCGGGAGGGCGGCGGCGGUUGCUGUGGCCAUGGGUCCAGAUGCGUCGAACGUGCUUAUAGUGAGGGGUCUGGACGACAGCGUGCAUGAGGAGAGCCUGAGGCAGGAGUUCUCCCAGCAUGGCUCUGUGACUGAUGUGCGCAUGAUGCGUGAUAAGAUAACUCUCAAGUCACGCGGAUUCGCCUUUGUCACCCUCGCCAAUAGGGUGCGCCUCUGGUUACCCAUCUCCCGCCUCUGGUUACCCAUCUCCCGCCUCUGGUUACCCAUCUCCCGCCUCUGGUUACCCAUCUCCCGCCUCUGGUUACCCAUCUCCCGCCUCUGGUUACCCAUCUCCCGCCUCUGGUUACCCAUCUCCCGCCUCUGGUUACCCAUCUCCCGCCUCUGGUUACCCAUCUCCCGCCUCUGGUUACCCAUCUCCCGCCUCUGGUUACCCAUCUCCCGCCUCUGGUUACCCAUCUCCCGCCUCUGGUUACCCAUCUCCCGCCUCUGGUUACCCAUCUCCCGCCUCUGGUUACCCAUCUCCCGCCUCUGGUUACCCAUCUCCCGCCUCUGGUUACCCAUCUCCCGCCUCUGGUUACCCAUCUCCCGCCUCUGGUUACCCAUCUCCCGCCUCUGGUUACCCAUCUCCCGCCUCCCCCCCACUCUCCCAUUGCUCCCUUCUUCCCGCCUCUCUUGUUCCAUUCCUCGCCCUCCGCCCUCCUCAUUGCUUUUGCAUGCUGUGCCUAUCUCGUCUUCCUUGCCUUCCAUUCCCUCCUCCCAAGUGGAUCAAGCCACGCGUGCCAUGCCCACAUGCCACAACAAGCGACUCUUCAAGCGAGGGCCAGUCGUGGAUCAAGCCACGCGCGCCAUGCUCACGUGUCACAACAAGCGCCUCUUCAAAGGAGGCCCGGUGAUGCGGGUGGCGUAUGCCCCUCACCUCAUUCUCUUCCCCCCCUUUCCCUCCUUCAUCCUUCCCUAUUUCUUUCCCACAUCCACGCGUGCCAUGCUCACAUGUCACAACAAGCGCCUCUUUAAGGGAGGGCCGGUGAUGCGAGUGGCGUAUGCACGCGGCCCCAACCACGGGGUGCCCUCCACGCCCCUCGCUGAUGCUGCCACUGCUGCCUACGCCGCGGCUGCUGGUGGCGGUGCUGCUGAGGAUACUGAUGUCAUGGCUCAGAUGGAGGCGGCUGGGUGGAUGCCCAAGGAGUACGACGAGGGGGCAGCGGGGGGCGAGCAGCAGGCGCAGGCGGGCAGUGGCUUUGUAUGGGACGAGGCGUCGGGGUAUUACUACGACAGCACCACCAGCUUCUAUUAUGACAGCGCCUCAGCCAUGUGCUUCAUGUGGGAUGAGGCGUCGGGGUAUUACCACGACAGCACCACCAGGUUCUAUUACGACAGCGCCUCAGGUGCGGUUCAUGUGUGGUUCAUGUAUGGGUUCCAUGUAUGUGCGCCUCAGGUGCGGUUCAUGUAUGGGGUCCAUGUAUGUGCGCCUCAGACCUCUACUACCACUCGGACUCGCGCCAGUGGUUCCGUUACAAUGUUACUACCGGGGAGUACAAGCAGUGCUCGGCUGAAGGGCUCGGCGCACCAAGAUACUCCAUUUGCCCUUACCCCCUCGUUUACCCCUCCCCUCCCUUCCUCCCCUCCCUCUUCCUCCUCCCCUGCCCCCCUUCCCCCCCACACCGCCCUCCAACCCAUCUCAGACCUGUAUUACCACUCGGACUCACGCCAGUGGUUCCGUUACGAUGUUACCACCGGGGAGUACAAGCAGUGCUCGGCUGAGGAGCUGGAGGCGGCCGGUAGCGCCCCUGCCGCCAUGGCUGUCGCUGCUGCCACCGCCGCGACUAAACGCGACGCUGCCGCUGCAGCCGGUGCUGCUGCUGCUGCUGGUGAUGGUGAUGCGUUGGGGAGUGAGCCAAAAAACGAGGGGACGGCCGAGGCAGUGGGGAAGGAGGGGCAGGCGAAGGGGGUGAAAGAGGAGCAGCAGGGGGAGAAGAGGAAGAAAUCGUUUGCUGAAUCCGUGGCUGCAGCUGCUGCCUCUGCAUUCCAGGCGGAGAAGGAGAGGGAGGCUGCUAGGAAGAAGCAGCAGGAGAAGGAAAAAGAAGCCGCUGCUGCCGCCGCUGCUGCCGCUGCUGCUGCUGCCAGUGCUGCUGGUGGUGCUGGUGGGGAGAGUGCUGCUGCUGCUUCUGGUGGUGCUGCUAUGGAGGGCAAGAUUCGGACGUAUGUGCCGUCUGCCGCCCUCGCGUCUCAGGUGGCAAAAGAAGGUGAGGCGGGGCAGGUAGCGGGCGGGCAGACGGACGGGCAGGAAGACGGACAGAAGAAAGCUGAGGGGGGUGUGAAGGAGGAGGGGAAGGAUGGUGAGGAGGAGGGGAAGGGAGGUGGGAGUGGCGUAUGGGCAACAGCAGCCGCCUCCCUAUGGCCAGCCGCCCCUUUAUGGCCACCUCCGCCAUACGACCCGUAUUCAGCUGCUGGUGGUGCCACUGCCCCUGCUGGCCCUGCUGUUAAUGCUGCUCCUGCUGGUGCAAGUGUUGGGGCUGGUGCUGCUGCUGGUGCUGGCCCUUCUCCUCCUGCUCCUAUGCCUCCCACCACCGCUCCUUCCUCCUCCCCUGCCGCUCCUCCCCCCCUCUCCUCGCCCUACAACCCCUACUCGCUUGCCCCCUCCGCUGCUCCCCCGGUCGCCCCUUCCUCUGCCGCUCCUCUCACCGCCUCUUCUGCGCCCCCCUCCUCGUAUGAUCCCUUCGCAGCUGCUGCGAGCAUGGGGGGAGGAGCAACGGGUGGAGGGGGAGGAGCAGGGGGAGGAGCAGGGGGAGGAGCGGGGGAUGGUGCGUAUGACCCCAUUGCUGCAGCGCUGGAGGCGGGAGGAGGGAUGCCGGAUUGGGUGACUGCGCCCAUACCUGCUGCUCCUGCUCCCACUCCUGCUGGAGGUGAGAUUGCUCGUUCCUGCUGGAGGUGA